GACCACCCCACCUUCAUACAGCAGCCGCCUUCCUGACCGGCGCACCUGCCUCGAGCCUGCGAACCCUCGAUAGCCGCGACUCACCCCACCACGAAUAUAUCUGCGCCUUGCUCGCUCCCGUAUAGCCCCCGCGGGACCGCCCACCAUGGCAUCCAACGGUGUGCAGAACGUCUUCGCGCCGGUGCUGGCGGCGCACAACACCAUGUCCUCUGGCGCCGACCGUGCACAGAAAGAGCAGGCGCACCAGUUCCUCGAGCAGUUCCAGAAAUCGGACGAGGCAUGGACGACGACACUUGCCAUGCUUGAAGCCAACAACGUGGACGCUGCGGCAAAGCUGUUUGCGGUCACCACACUCAAGGGCAAGAUCGUCUAUGACUUGCACCAGCUGCCCCGCGAGACGCUCCCGAAGCUGCGCGAGACCAUUAUCAGAAACUUGGCGACCUUCCAUGCUGGUCCUAAGCCUAUCCGGCUGCAGCUGUGCGUAUGCCUGGCGAACCUGGCGAUACAGAUGACAGAGUGGAAGGAUGUCCUACCCUUGAUAUUAUCAACACUGGGCUCAGACCCUGCCACCCUGCCUUGCGUUCUAGAUUUCCUCCGUGUUCUGCCAGAAGAGGUCACACAUGGCCGGAAAAUCGCUCUUACAGAAACCGAGUUGCAAAUGAGGACGUCCGAAUUGAUCGAGGAAAACGCCCAACAGGCCCUGAACCUCCUCGUGCAGUAUGCUCAAUCAUCCCCCGCCGCCUCUCAAAAUCCUCAGCUACUGAACUGCAUUACAUCCUGGAUGCGAGAAGUCGCGAUGGACGACAUUAUUAAGUCGCCUCUGCUGGGAGUCAUCUUCGCGGCUCUAUCAGCACCGGAUGCCUUCGAGGCCGCUGUCGAAUGUGUGUGUGCAUUGAUCGCCGAGACUAGGGACGUCGACGAGUCAACCAACACGAUUUUGGUGCUGUAUCCCCAGGUGCUGGCAUUGCGACCAACACUUGCUCGGGCGGCUGAGGAAGAAGACACAGAGACGUACAAGGGCAUUGCUCGGAUCUUCGCCGAAGCAGGAGAGGCGUGGUGCUUGCUUAUCGCAAGGAUACCUGACCAGUUCGGCGGACUGGUUGAAGCUAUCCUGGAGACAGCGGCAUUGGACAAGGAGCGGGACGCCAUAUCUCAUACCUUCAAGUUCUGGUAUGACCUGAAGCAGUAUCUUACGCUCGAGAAGUACACGCCUGCUCGACACCAAAUGGCAGAUAUAUACUCCAAGCUUGUCGACAUCAUGAUUGGCCACUUGGAGUAUCCAAAACCGGAAAGCGGCGACGAGAAAGAUCUUUUCGAGGGAGAUCGCGAGCAGGAGGAGAAGUUCCGCGAAUUCCGACAUCAGAUGGGCGACGUGUUGAAAGACUGCUGUGAGGUUAUGAGCGUCACAGAAUGCCUUCAGAAACCGUACAACCUCAUCCAGGCGUGGGUACAAACAUAUGCUUCGCAGGCAGGUCCAAAUCACGUUCCUGAAUGGCAAAAACUGGAGGCUCCGUUGUUCGCUGUGCGGGCUAUGGGGCGCAUGGUACCACCCGACGAGAACGUCAUGCUGCCUCAACUCAUCCCAGUUAUGGUGCAAAUCCCAGACCAUCCCAAAGUCCGUUUCCAAGCUGUCAUGGCAUUGGGUAGGUACACCGAAUGGACUGCGCAACAUCCAGAUACCCUACAACCUCAACUUGACUACAUCAUGGGCGCUUUCGACCACACCUCGAAAGACGUAACACGUGCUGCAGCUCUUUCCUUCAAAUUCUUCUGCAAUGACUGCGCGAGCUCCCUCGUCGGUUUCAUUGGACCUCUCCAACAAUUCUACGCCAAAUAUCUCGACGUCCUACCUGUCAGCAGCCAAGAGGAGAUAACGGAUGGUGUUGCUUCUGUCAUGGCAAAAGUACCCCUGGAGCAGCUGUAUCCUACGCUAAAGCUGUACUGCGACCCGGUGCUGCAGAGCAUUAUGUCUAUCGCGAACGAAGCCAAGGACGACCCGUCGCAGAAGCUUCUGGCAGACAAAAUCAACCUUCUUACCAUCUUCAUUGAAGUGGUGAGGCCGCAAGUGCCGGCGGCACAAGAACACCCAGCAGUCAAGUACUGCCAAGAGAUAUUUCCCAUGCUUGGCAACAUUGUAUCGCAUUUCUCGAAGAGCGUUCCGGUUCUCGAGAGAGUGUGCCGAUGCUGGCGAUAUAUGGUACUAUCAUACAGGACGGCGAUGCGGCCAUUACUUCCGUUGCUCGCGACUCAACUCGUACAAGGAUUCGAAUCAUCGAGACAGGGCUGCUUCCUAUGGGCCACAGCAUCCAUCGUCCGCGAGUUCUCAGCCGGUGCGGAGGAGUUUGACUCAAGCCUGACGAACGAUGUCUUCCAAUUUUACGAACAGCAAGCUAAGACCUUCCUGAGAAUACUCAGCGAUCUUCCGCCAGAAGAUCUUCCCGACAUGAUCGAGGAUUUCUUCCGCUUGGCUGGCGAGAUGGCUAUGUAUUACCCGAUUGAGUCCAUAUCGUCAUCGCUCAUGGACACCAUCCUCCUGGCUGCCUGCUCGUCUCUCACGCUGCUAAAAGAAGAGCCUAUCAUUGCAACUCUUCACUUCUUGCGAGACCUCCUCGGCUACGGCCGGAAUUUGUCACCAUCCAGCAGCUUCGACAACUCCCGCCACGAAGUCCCCGAGCAGAUACAGACACGUGUGAAGCAACUUGUGGCUGCUGCCGGCAUACAACUUGUACAACGCAUCAUGACAGGCAUGAUGUACAGCUUCCCCGAAGGCUGCUUCCCGGAUGCAUCGGGUGUGCUGCUUGACUUGUUCGAAUUGAUGCCAGAACAAGUCGCGGGCUGGGUGCAACAGACUGUAGGGAUGCUGCCUCAGGGUAGCAUCACGCCACAAGAAAGCGAGCGCUUCCUAAACAAUAUUAGACAGCGAAUCCAGACGGGAGACAUUCGCAUGAUCCGCACCAUCCUGCAAGACUUCACGACGAGCUACAGGCGGAGAAAUGUGGCGCCCCGUGAGGGCCUUGGUAGGCUAGAAGCCAGUCGAUUUAGGUUCUCCGGUUGAUCGUCUGAUCUACCAGAAGGUGUCUAUCAAUGCGAUAGCAACGUCGCUAGUCAAACCGGCUUAACAGAUUCAGAGGAUAGUUAAGUGGAGGUUACAGCACCUGUAGAUAUAUUUGGAAUUAGCAGCAUGAGCGACGAUUGUGCAUUUAGCAUGGCGGGUGGGAUUUGGGUCGACGGGUAGCAUAGGUUGGGGAGCAAAGUGGCUGUUCUUUUAGAUACCGAUAUUUCGAUUCUGCACCGAUGAUAGAUGGAUCAACAUAGCGUAGUGAUCCAAGUUACUGGAAGUAUUGAUCUCUUGUCUGUG